AUGAUAAUUUUUUAUCUUAUUCAAGUACUGGCUGAAGGCUUAGAGCUAUAUCUGAUCCCUCAUUCUCACUGUGAUUCCGGCUGGCUAGAAACAUUUGACAAGUAUUAUGAGCUCAAGGUAAAAAAUAUUUUGAGAAAUGUAGUUACCUUGCUUGAAGAGGAUGAGAAUAGGCGGUUCUCUUGAUCUGAGAUAUCUUUUCUCAAGGUGUGAAUGGAAAAUGAAGAUAAAAAAAUUACAAAUAAAUUUAAUGAAUUAGUUGCAAAGGGAAGAAUUGAAAUAGUUGGUGGUGAGUAUGUGCAAAAUGAUGAAGCAAAUACAGAUUUUGAUAUGAUCAUCAGGCAAAUUGAACUUGGCCAUCAAUUUUUGCAUAAAGAGUUUGGUAUUGAGAGAGUAAAAACAUAUCAAUUAAAAUGGCCUGACAAAUCCACCCAAGCUCUUAACUCCUAUAUAUAGCGACUGAAAGAGACCAAGGAUCUUUAGAUAGAAAGAGAGGUGGUCAAUUUUUGUAUCGGCUAGGUUUUACUAGCGCAGGUGAAAUGGCGAUGGUGUGUUGAUCUGCCAAAGUUCAAUCAUGGGCAGGUGUUUUUCCUCAGGAAAAUGGGAAAACGAAUUUGGUAUAGCUUGAGCAUCCUUAUGGAUCUCAAGCCUCCACUCCACUUGCCAAGUGGAAAGUUUGCUUAAUCAAUACCAGUUGACAAGCCAAUCUUAAUUCGAAAAUCUGCAACAUCUCGAAAUUGGGAGGUAGCUCGAAACUAGAGAAGACGAAGCAAACUCUCAACUUGGCAAGCGGAGUUGGACGCUUAAGCGACCCAUAAGGAUGCUCAAGCUUAAGGAUUUUCCAAGCAAUGUCUGGAUAUGUUCAUAGACAUAUCGGGAAACUUACUCAGCGCGAUGUCAGGCAUUGCAUCCUGAACUGGUCAUAAAUUCAAUAUUUUAAAUUUUAUAUGGAUGGUAUCUAUGCUGACAGCCAGCAAGGUGACACAAAUUCUGCUUCUGGGAGUAAGAGAGGCCCUAUCCGGAAGGAGAUACAUAUUGCAAGGCCGCGUGAAGACCGGCAAGUAAGCAUUAGAGAUUUAUGUAAGUGAAGAGCAGUUUCAGCUAUCUGAAAAGGGGCUUUUCUGUGAUUUUUAAUAAUGCUAGCAAAUGAGUAAAAACAGGCUGACAAAUUGAUAUUUUUGGUCAUUCUGCUUUAACUCCUGGAAUUUAUUCGAGGUUUGGGUAUGAAUUUCUUGUAAUAACUCGUAUAAAUGAAGUAUUCAGAUCCCAACUUCGAGAAACAAGAGGCAUGGAAUUUAUAUGAAAAGGAGUGGACUUUGGGAGCAGUGAAUCAAUUUUCACACACGUUUUAUAUGAUUUUUAUUAUGCACCUUUACUUCUUAGAACUGAAUUUAUUGGGCCUUGCUUUGGCAGGCCCAAACAUCUUGAAGCUGAUAUUAGGGAAUGGUAAUAACUAAUUAGUGUAGCAAUGCUCUGCAGCAUGUGUAAAGACUGAUCUCAAGGAUAUAGGAAUAAAAAAAUAAUGAUGGUAUAUGGAGGAGAUUUCUUUUACGAUAUUCCCUAUAAUUCUAAACAAACAUCAUAUUUAGAAAUCGUUAUUAGUGGCUAUCUAACUAUUUAUGCAUAAUAUUCAAUACACAAAAGUAUAAUAUCACAGAAGCAAGAAUACUUUUCGAGAGAAUUGAACAACUAGUUGAUUGGCAACGAGAUUCUGGGCUAUAUAAACAGCUAAAGAUAAAAUUUGCCACUCCAAGCGAGUAUUUUGAAGAUAUUAAGAAAUCAAAUAAAAAAUAUCCUGUGUAUACUGGCGACUUUUUCCCUUAUCAAAGCUAUAGACUUAAUAUCCCAGCUUAUUGAACUGGGUAUUAUAGCACAAGACCCUCUCUUAAGCAACUUAUAAAUAAAGCACAUCGACUAGCUAGAGCUGCAGAAAUUGCCAAAGCUUUAAUACAUGGAGAAGAGUUUGCAGCGUAUAAUGCAAGUUUAGCUUUACAUCAUGAUGCAAUAACUGGAGCUAGCAAGCCAUGAGUUGCAGAGGACUAUGAAAUCAGAUUAGAAUCUGAUUGUGAAAAAGCUUAUCAAGCCAUAUGUGAAACGAUAUCAUCAGUGUUUGCCAAGACAAAGUCUAGCUUUUCACUUGCUUUGCCUUAUAAAGUUCUUAUCCUUUAUAACUCAAUUAACUAACUACCCCGUCCGAGAGAACAAAAAAUUCUUGCUCGCUCACGGAGGGGGGUUAAUAAUUUUUUUUUAAAAAAAAUUAUAUAGAAAUUUUAUAGAAUUUUUUUUUUUGAAAUUUAAAAAACUUAAUACGCAAAAAUUGGAAAGCAAAUAUUAAUUUAAUUUAUAAAAUUAUUUUUUGAAACGAAAUUUGUUUAAAAUUAAACAGAAUUAAAUCGAGAUUUCAUUUCUAAUUAUCACUUAUGUAUCAAAAUUAUUUUAUUAAAAAAAUUUUUGUUCGCUCACGGAGGGUGAGUUUUGGUCAAAAAAUAGGGAUUUUUCUGAUGGUUUUGUUCGCUCACAGAGGGGGUGAGUGAGAUAAAACGGAUUUAAUUACUAUCGAUUCAGGUGUCCAGCAUUUGGAAAUUAAAAACUGACGAGGGGAGAGCAUUGAGUCUCAAUACAUAUCAAAUCAUGAUAAAACUGCGUAUGUCAUUUACCUAAAGUUGACACUCCCUGCUUUGUCAUUUGUAACUCUUUUCAUCACAGAGCACGCAACUUCGUGCAAAUUGUGCUCUACACCUUUUAUUUUAAAAGAAAACGGAUCAAUUAUUUCAGAUCAGUAUUAUUCAAUAGAGUUUGACUCUCAUGGAUAUGCUAAAAGCAUCAAAAAUUCACACAAAAAAUAUGAACUAAUACAAGAGUUUUGGUCUUAUCCAGCUGAUCGAGCUGGUGCUUAUCUUUUUGAGCCAACCAGUGAGGGGAAUCCAAUUUCUGAUUUAAAUCUCGAGUCAUUUGAAAUUUGGCAAGGCUCAGUAGCAAAUAUUGUGGAGGUUAAAUGGAAAAGAAUUAAAGAAAAAAAUACAAACUAUGAUCAUUAUUACAAGAAAAUAAUUUUAUAUAGAGAAAAAAGAUUCAUUUGGAAAUAUGGACUUUAUGCAGCUGAAAAUAAAGAAAUUCUGGUUAGGUUUAAAAGCAAAGAUAUUGCAGCCAGCGAUUGGUUUUAUACCUCAAAUUCUGGAGACUUGAGAAUAAGGAAAUAUUUAAAUUCAAAAGAAUAUUCUGAUAAAUAUAAUACAAAGACUAAAAAACCUUUAAUUCCAGAAGAAAAAGGUGAAAAUAUGUAUCCAGUUCCAGGGGGAUUUGCAAUUAAUAUGGGUAAAGAAGCAUUUAAAAUAUUUCCAAAAUUUUCAUUAGGUGUAGGAAUUGUAAGUCACACGAGUUUCGAAAUUUUAAUGCAUAGAAAUGCCCCUUUAGAUGAUAGUUUAGGGCUUGGAGAAGGGGUAGAUGAUAAAACUUUUACUGAUUACAUUUUAUGAUUGAAUUAA